UCAGCAGAUUGUGCUGCAAUCAUGGCGAUACUAGAGCCGUAUUGGCACAUUUUCAACUUUGUCCUGGAGCACGAGCAACGGCCGAAGACACGGGCGCUGAUUCCGUGGAGAAGAUCGACGUCUUCGCCUCCUGUACUUGUCCAUUUUCUCGAGGAACGAGUCGAAGCAUCCGGGGCGGCUGCCUAUCCACAAUGGGUCUCACACCAACUCCGAAGAAGUAGUCACAAGUACAACCACUGCGACUAUAGUAUCCGGCUGUUUCUUGGCCUGUUCUUGCGCCGUCUUGGAGAGGUGAAUGCAAAGAUCGAGUGGUUUGCGGUGGAUGCGAAGCCACUCAUACUUUUCCACUGGUGCUACUAUCCGCUUCAGCUGAAGGUACGGCAUAGUGUCUUUAGCAUCACGACUAAGUCGGGCGAAGAGUACAUUGCAGACUUCACAAUCGAACAGUUUGGCUACCCCAGCGCGAUGUGGUUCAUGGAGAAGAAGGAGUAUGUUGCCAAGUGUACAACAGGGCAGGAGAUGCUGCAGCCAUGCGAGGAGGAGAUUGCCAGUGCGAUGAGAGGGGAGAUUGAGAUGACAGGCAAGGCGGAGGUGGUCAGAGAACUGUGUGGAAGGUCAGAUUUCAGAAGGUGGGGGCAAUGGGAUGAGGACAGAAGGAUAGCAUGGUUGGAAGGGCUGGUGCAAAAAGGGCUG